AUGUCAGAAGGGAACCUUGCUUCGGCAGUCGCUGUGCCUGAACAGGAGUCGAUACGCCAAUCGCCAGAACAUCACAAACGUCGCCAGUCUUCGACCUCGGACCAUGAUGUGAAGCGGCGUCGGCUCAGCGGCCAAGGCGAUACCUCUCCGCAAUCCCACCGUCGACGCCCCUCUUCACCAUCUGCAGGGCAAUCAGACAAGCCAGCAGGGCAAACUCGCCGCGACGGGAACCGCGAAGAGGAUCGCAAGCGUGGCAGACGGCUGUUCGGCGCGUUGCUUGGGACCCUUUCCCAGAGCUCCAACUCUGCAGCACAGAAACGUCGCGAGGACAUCGAAAAGAGACAGCAAGAUAAGUUGAAGAACCAAGACGAGGUAUACGAUGGGUUAAAAAAGAAGCGUCAAGAACGCCGUGCGACUAUCCGAAUGCAAACCCGACAUGCGCAUAUGCGCGCAUCUGCGAACUUUCUAAAAACGCGCACGGAGCCUGUCCUGUACUACAAACCGUGGCAACUUCGACGGGGCGAUGCGGAUAUCAUUCGGGACCAGAUUGAAGAAACGGAGUCCAAGAUUGCUGGUGAAGUUGCUGAAUUCGAACGCCGAUACCCACCGGAGGCUUUUGCUUACGAGAAACUCGAGCCAUUGUCUACAUCCAAGCCGGAGGAGCAGCAGGAACAGCAGGAGUCUUCAAUGCAGCAGCAGGUCAUACAUGAGGAUAGCCAUAAGGUGAGGCCAGAAGCUGAGCGAGUGCGUAGCCCAGGAACGGUUGAGACAAGCGGAAACCCUGCCGCCCACGCACCUGCGCCUGCUGUCGAAGACGUCUCAACCCACGAGACCGACGCGAAUCAUCGGGAUGACGAUGGGGGUGAAGUUGUGGAGGACACUGAGGACACUGUGAUCUACUAA